AUGCUUACUGUGUUCUUGUACAUGGUGAUGUUGCUGUCUCUUAGGGAGUCCAACCUUGAGGUACUCGAACGCGAAUUCACGGACAACCUGAGUCUGUUGAGGAAACUGCAAAAGGAGCCUGUGAGUCGGGAGAACAAGAAUUGCCUAGGGACACAACCCGGAGAAACCAUGUCCCUACACGAGCACAAGGCUAUCGUAGGCAAUUACGAGUCGAAGUGCAGCACCUUGACAGCUGCGAACGAAGAGCUUCGACAGGCCUAUGCGCGAGUCGCAGAGGAAUUGGAGUGCGCCCACAGACAACACUCGGAGUCGAUCGUGUCUCUUGAGUCGACCACGGUGCCGAAAAGGGCCUAUGACGAACUCUUGAGCAGACUAACACAAACCCAAAAUAUUGUUGGUGAAUAUGAGAAACAUUUCAAGCAGUUUCAGGCCUAUGAGGAGAAAAUGAACGAGAUCGAGAUCAAAUAUUCGAGUUUGGUGGAACAGGCCAAGUACAAGCGUGCUGUUGGUAAUAACCACGUUGAUUUUGUCCAUUUCAUGACUAGAACGUCCCAGAAUUAA